GGAGGGGGGACGCGUCAAAUGCGCUGCGUGCUCCUUGGUACUCCGGUGCUACCCACCGGUCGAAAGCAUCGCUGCACACCUCUCACUGAAGACAGCAAAGAAGCGGGAAACAAGCGGCGCAAUUAAAGGAUCUGCGGCGGAAUGCAGUCGCUGUUCGACGUCGUGGUUUGCGAGCCCGUGACGCUGGACACGGAGUCCGACCGCUCCAUGUUCGUAUCGUGGGUAAGGGGGCUGUCGGUGCACGAGGUGGUGUCGCGACGCCUCGCCGACUUCGAGAAGGAGGUCUCGGCAAGCAAUGCCCGGAUUGGCAAUCUUCCCGCGAUGUCAAGGGUCCAGCUAUCGUUCCGGAGAAGGGGCUCCACCGCCGAGGAGACCACGCAGGAUGAGGCGCUCAGCCAGCGACGUCAGCUGGAAACCCUGUUCGGGAAAGACACGGCCGACGCUUACCGCGUCUUCGACACGAUGGAGCACUUCCUGAGACAGCCCGAGCAUCUCAGGGGGCAGCUGCAGGUUCAGCUUGGUGAAACCACUCAGGCUUGGAUGGUGGAGCGGUACCACGAGCUGGAUGACUCGGUGCUGCGGGAGAUCCUAGGCAAGAAGGUCACCUCCAAGACCCGGAAGGACCUCGAUGACGUCAGCGAGCUCACGCACGUGCCUCUUCGGAGCUGCCACCGCCAGUACGACAACAUCCAGAGGUUGCUGGGCAAUCUGGAGGACAGCGUCAUCCUCCAGCACCUCUCCGUGGCCAAAGAAGUCCAGGACAAGCUAGGCCUCCCGCUUCGGCUGUCGGCCAAGUACACGGCCGUCGCGUUUCUCCUCCACGUCCGGUUUCAUGUCCAGAGGGCUAAGCGACUGACGGCGCACAUGACGGCGUACGACCUCUGCUGGAGCGCGAUGGGGAUGCUCAACUACUGGGUUGGGGAUGGAAAGUACCUCGGGGCGUAUGAGGCGAGUCGCGGAAAACCAUGCUUGCGGGAAAAAGAAGCAUGCGGAAGGACAUCAACAAAGAAGAGAAUGGGGCUAAGCCUACUGGACGUGGAGGCUCAGUCGAAGCGGGCAAACACCCAGGCGGGGGUGGGCGACCCGGCGGACAAGGAUGCGGCGAGAAGAGAAGGCUGGCAAAAUGAAAUGGAGCAGGGGCUCCUGACGGUGGUCGGCCUGGAGUUCGACAAGAAGUGGAUUCGCCUCUUGAGAGUCAUCAAGACGCAGCUGUUCGGGGACUACAGGAGCAACCUUUUCGACGACCUCCGGCAGCACGCCAUGGCAGACCUGCAAGAAGCGGGCUUGCUGCCACCGACUGUCGAAGCCGUCUCCCAGAGCUUCAGGCCUUUGGUCAAAGCUUUGGCAUCGAUCGGUUCCGGGCUGUCCAUGUCCAAAGAAUACCGCGACGUGUUCGAAGAUCUCAUCGAGAAGGUCGGUAACCCCCUCAGAGAUGCUGGUCUCGGAUUGAAGGACACGGUUUCCGUUCUGGAGUCUCUCGUGCAGGGGUUCGCCAAGGCAUGCCCGCCAGAGUCGGAGGCAGGGGAAACGGAGAUGGUGGAUGCCUGGAGAAGAUAUAUUUUCGGGGUCCGGAUGUGCUUCCGAUACGCCUACAGAGAUGGACACCAAGGGUUCUGGUCGACCCGCUCAAGACAUGGUUGACUGGAGCGUCUUGGUUAUGACGGGUGUUAGAUUUUUGGGCUCAAGUAGCGUUUCCCAUACUUGGAGCAGUGCUACUGAGUUGGCUCCCCGGAGACUGCUUGUGGAUUAUGGUUAUUUUGUCUUGCUGCAUCGUACAAUUGUAUGUACUCGGGGGCCAUCGGUUUCGGCCGGAUUACACCGGCUUGCUGUGGGGGCAGACUCGUUGUUUCUGUUGUUGUAGUUGGCUUGCUUCGUGGUGGAAGCAACACGGACAGAUACAGGCAGGCCGUAGCGGUGCUGCUCUACCCCGUCUUCUGCGCUGUUGUCCACGUACGUACGUAGGAGGCAGCCCGAGUUACUCGCGCGGGGACUGGAUCUACACGCGCCCGAUAGAUACGCCAACAAUAGAUUCUCGAUCAUGCCGAUCGAAUCGUGCCGGGCGCCCGGUAUGGUGCCGGUGUUUUCGGCUCGUACACACUGAAACACAGCAGUCGAACCUCGGUUUAUUAGGAAGUUAUGUUGUACAUUCUGCGAAGAGAGAGAGCCAACAUGCAUGCCUGUGUGAAAAGAGAGUUAGUUGUCAAAGU